AUGUCCAACACUCGUCCACCGAAAAUAGAUGAGCUGCUGAAAGUUGACCCAUAUUUGCAUGAUUUUCAAGACGAAAUUUCGCGCAGAUAUGGAGUUUUCCUUGAUUAUCAGCGUCGCAUUGAGGAAUGUGGAGGCAUGGAGGCAUUCACCUCAUCAUACAAGCAAUUUGGUUUGAACGUGCAACCGGACAAUUCUGUGAAAGGACUUGAAUGGGCUCCUGCAGCUGAAAAACUGGCUCUCAUUGGAGAUUUCAAUAAUUGGGAUCAAGACGCCAAUGUUUAUACCAAAGAAGAGCAUGGAAAAUGGAGUGUCACAGUCCCCGCGAAUGCUGAUGGAUCAUGUGCUAUUCCACAUAAUUCGGUCAUCAAAAUUGCAGUCUCGCGUCACGGUCAAACUUACUUCAAACUGAGUCCAUGGGCUACUUAUGUGACUUGCCCGAAUCCCAAAGAAACAGUUAUCUAUCAUCAGAAUUUUUGGAAUCCAUCCGAAAAAUAUCAGAUGAAAGAGGCACGUCCAGCCCGUCCAGCGUCGCUCAGAAUCUAUGAAGCACAUGUUGGAAUCAGCAGCCACGAAGGAAAAAUCAACACUUAUCGUGCAUUUGCCGACGAAGUCCUGCCUCGCAUCAAACACCAGGGAUACAAUACUAUUCAGUUGAUGGCUGUCAUGGAGCAUGUUUAUUAUGCCUCUUUUGGUUAUCAAGUUUCGAAUUUCUUCGCUGUGUCCAGUCGAUGCGGAACACCUGAAGACCUGAAAUAUCUGGUCGAUAAGGCGCAUUCGAUGGGAAUUUUCAUGCUUCUCGAUGUUGUGCACUCUCAUGCUUCCAAAAACGUCGAAGACGGUCUCAAUCAAUGGGAUGGAUCAAAUGGUGGAUAUUUCCAUGAUAAUGCUCGUGGUUUCCACAAUCUUUGGGACUCGAGACUGUUUGACUACACUCAAAUUGAGACCCUCCGAUUCUUGCUCUCGAACGUUCGUUGGUGGGUAGAAGAAUACGGUUUCGAUGGAUUCCGCUUUGAUGGAGUUACCUCGAUGAUCUAUCACUCACAUGGAAUGAACGACUCGUUCUGUGGCGGAUAUCCCAUGUACUUCGGAUUGAAUGCCGACACCGACUCACUUGUCUAUCUGAUGCUGGCCAACGACUUCCUUCAUAAGAAAUAUCCAUUCAUGGUGACAAUCGCUGAAGAAGUUUCCGGAAUGCCAGGCAUCUGUCGUCCUGUUGAAGAAGGUGGUCAGGGAUUCGAUUACCGCUUGGCAAUGGCUCUCCCAGAUAUGUGGAUCAAGAUUCUGAAGCAUACUUCGGAUGAAGAUUGGAAAAUCGAAGAUAUCGUUUUCAAUCUGGAGAACAGACGUUACGCAGAAAAGCACGUUGCCUACGCCGAGUCUCAUGAUCAAGCUUUGGUUGGAGACAAAACUAUUGCAUUUUGGUUGAUGGACAAGGAAAUGUAUGACUUUAUGUCAACUGACUCACCACUCACACCAAUUAUUGACAGAGGUUUGGCACUUCACAAGCUUAUCCGGCUUAUUACAAUCGGAUUAGGAGGCGAAGCUUGGCUCAACUUUAUAGGAAACGAAUUCGGUCACCCUGAAUGGCUUGAUUUCCCUCGUGUUGGAAACGGAGAAUCGUUCCAUUAUGCACGUCGUCAGUUCAACCUCGUUGACGCCGAUUACCUUCGCUACAAGUUCUUGAACAAUUGGGAUCGAGAAAUGAUGCUUCUCGAAGAACGUACCGGAUUCCUUCAUAAGGGAUACGCCUACACAUCUUGGAAGCACGAUGGCGACAAAGUUGUUGUAUUCGAAAGAGGAGGUUUGGUGUUCGUGAUGAAUCUUCACCCGAACAAGAGCUUUGCUGAUUACUCGAUCGGUGUCAACACCGCGGGAAAAUACCGCAUUGCUUUGAACUCAGAUGAUGCCCAGUUUGGAGGACACAGCCGUGUGGACAAUGGCACUGUUUUCCACACUUCCGAUGAUGGUUAUGCCGGAAGACGCCAUCGUCUACAGGUCUAUAUCCCGUGCCGUUCAGCAAUCGUUCUCGAGAAGGUUGAUGAAUAG